AGACGUUAGAAAGGAAUGAUUGCAUUCGUCCAUUUCGCCUUGCAGACAAGGCUGUCGUCGUUACUGAAAACCGCCGAGGAUUUACACAUCAAGGGGCUCGCCGAGGUGAGUUGGCGCAGCGAUUCCACGCAAAACGACCUGAAUAAUACCGGCCACAGUCCUGGGGCUGCGACCCCCGGUGUCGAGACUGUCCUGCGAGAAGGCGAUCCCGAGGAGCCACCACCCCCCAAACAACAGAGACGUAGAGGCCGUCCGCCUCUCGACGAUCCACCCUCGGCACACGAUGUCUUCACGCCCAAGAUCACUUGCAUCACCGGAAAUGAGGAAAUGAUGAGCGAGGGCGGCGACCAUGAGAGUUGGGACGACGAGAUGAUGAUGAACGAGAGUAACGAAACGCCACUGCCGGUGUUGUCCUACAUGUCCAAGGAUGACAGUGUGUCUGAAGAAAAGAAAGCAGCUACAACUCCAUCAAACUCCAACGCCACAAAUCCUUCGAUUCCCGAACAAUUUCGAGACGUAAUAAAGAUGAACGAUUACCUGACGACGGGGCGCCGACAAGAAUUCUGGGAGGAACCAUUUACGCGACGCGUCAUGGACGCCAUUAAAAGCAAAGAACUAGAGAUGAAGACUGCCGCCGAGAUUCUCGGCGUCUCGUACGGCACCCUCUACGGCAGAUACCGCGAUAGUUAUGGUUGCCUUAAACAUCCGUACAGAGUAAGGGAUUUUUGGUCUGAGCCGGGUCCUGCGGAAGUAUUGGCGAAAUUACGGCGGAAGGAGAUAACAUUGUUCCGAGCUGCCGAGUUCCUCAAUGUCACCGUCCACACGCUCGCGACUUAUUUGUCAACGCUGCAGGGUCCGGAUAGAAUCUCGUUAGCGGGCGAUCUCAGCGUAGCGUCCAGCGGUAGCAUCGACAGCGGCAGCAACAACAACGCAACGGAGUCAACGGCGACGGAGAACAGCGAUUCCAUGAACGACAUUCUGCAAAAGAUCAAUGCGAACGUUGCGACCGCGGCGACAUUGACCACGACCACGCCGCCGAUCAAGCGUGAGGUCGGUAAUUAUAUCGAGGUACAGAAUGUCGCGGUACAGAAAGCCGCGACCUCAGUAUUGGAGAACAAUCCGGAUAUUACGAUCGUCAAGACAGAGAAUAUGCUGCGUAAGCGCGACUACUCGAAGAUGUCUAGCACAGAGAACAACAACGCGAAGCUGAUGAGCGGCGGCGGCGUCAGUGAAAUCAGCCAGCAGCAGCAGCAACAGCAACAGCAGCAACAGCAAAAACUUGCCGACCCGUUGUCAUUAAAUAAUGAUAACAGCAAACCCUAACUAUUCAGACCCUACCUGACACCUACGGCGAAUCAUCAUCAUCAUCAUCACCCACGCAGCGUGGCACCGAGUGGCGCCAGUUAUAGAUCCGAUCUGCAAUGCCCGCGCAGUUUCUAUUCCAAUGUAUUUACUCGCUUUCUCACGAAUUUUCAUUUAAAGUAGACAAAAUUGAGUAGAGGAGGAGCGGCGCUGGACAUCGCUGUUCUGCGCGCGUCCGAUCCCGCAAGAAUAAUCUCAGACAAUCUCGCGUGCGAAUGUUCGCAAUUGACGACGGCCCGUGGUUGCGUUGAGACGGACAAAGAGGGAAUUUUUUGGCAAAUUUUCUGCCUUCCGAUUUCCGCGCGCGACCACGGUCCAUGUAUUUUUCACGUAUUAGAAAGAAUACCGUCGAAACCUGCCCUUAGCGAAAUUAGUAAUCAGCAACGCGAGUUGACAUAAAAUUCCUCUCGUUUUAACUUGAAAUUUGGCCCGCUUUUGAGCCACAUAGGCCGAUAGCGCUUAUUAUGCGCACGACCUUGGCCUUUGUGAAAAGAAAAAUGAAAAAACAAAAGAAGCAACAAAAAGGAAAAAGCGUAUAAUAAAAAGUUCAAUCGAAGUUCCUUUUGAAUAACGAUGUAGAGUGUAUUAUUGCAACAAAGAAUGCCUAUUUUCUGCCGCAUGUGUCUGUAUGGUAAAGAGCGACAAUAUAUUCACCAAGUAGAUCCACGUCAUAGUAAUGCACACCACAGAGAGGAAGAGAGAAAGGAAAAGAAAGGGGGAGAAAGAGAGAGACGGAGAAAAAAAAAACGAAAAGAACACAAAGUUGAGUAAUGGUCCUUCGACGUAGAUCUGUUCCUUAUCGUUGUUAGAAUUGCAUUAUUAGGAUUUCAGUUAAUGCUCGUAUAUGAAUUCGAAAAUUUAAAUCAUAAAGCAUGUACUAUUGGAAAAGAUGUCCAUUCAAUAUACGAUAUAUAAUACAGUGUGUAAUACAUACGCAGUGAAAGACCUGAGAAAGACGGCGAUUGUAGAUAGUAUUCUCAGCCAUUUGUAUUUAGAAAAGUAUUUAGAAAUCGAAUGAGCGAGCGAGCAAAAGAAAUAAAGAGACUGAGUGAACGAAAGAAUGAGUGAAAAUCGUCACUUGGUCGCACAUGUCCAAUAGUAAAUCGUUUAUGAUUUAAAUAUAUUUUCGUGAUAAAAGCCUUAACAUUAGUAUUCUGGCUUCUCUGAUUAAUCAAUGCACUGACAAGAUUGUACGCAUAUUCUUUUGUUAUGUUACUGAUAUUUUUUCAAUGAUAUUUACAGGGUCUCAUAAGUCGCGAAUUAUUUCUCGUGAACUGAAAAAUUGAGUAGAAAAAUGUUCUAUCAUUUUGUAAGUUUCUUAAUUAUUAAUGAAAAAUUAAUUAUUAAAAAUUUACUACUAAACGUGUACGUAAUGAUAAAAGCACAUGACAUGAGAUGAAACAGUUCAGCAUUACGUAUUAUUUGUUAUCACCGUAUUACAGAAUACAUCUCGCUCCUAGCAAUCGCGAAAAUAGUCUUUACUUGCGGAUGCCCAUUUAUUCAUAAAUCUUCGUUAUGUUUUUAUUAAUUAUUGUGAAAAUUGGAAAAUCAAAAAAUUUUUCUACUCAAGGUUUAACGUACUUUAGUUCAGGAGAAAUAAUCCGCAAGUUAUGAGACAUCCUGUAAAAUGACUAAGCUCGGUUUUAAAAAAAGCAGCCAAAUGCGAUUAAAGCAAAGGCACAUUGCAAUUGAUAGUGAUUUUCUAGCGGAAACUUAGAAAAUUGCAGCAAUUGCCUUUUUCUUUUGAAUAUUCGCAACUUUAUCGGAAUAGUAGUUACGCGAAAAAAUUAUAAUGAUAGGACCAUUCUAUUUUUUUUUGACUUUUACCAGUUUAUACCAGUAUGUAUGCGUGUAGCAGCGCUUUUUAUAAAUGAUCUUUACUACUUAUGUAUAUAAGUUAUUUUCUUUCUUUUUCUUCUUUUAGGAAUAAAUAUUUUUAACGGCUUUUAUUGGAACGAUAAUAGUCGAUUGAUAUAAAAAAUGAUUCGGUUAAUACAAAUCGGAAAUUCGUCCAUUGCAAAUUAAUAUUCGUGCAAUUCAUAUAGUGAUUCGUGUGAAAUUAAUAUUAUUUGGCAUGAAAUGCCCAAGUACAAAAAA